CUAAUCAAAUUGCUGUCGCGACAUUUUUACGGCUUUAUCCUGCAAUAAAUACCGGAGUUUGUUCUAAACGAGAUUUCAAUACAAUAGUAUGGCUGGGUCACUUUCUGACCAGUCCAUCGCCAGCGGAACAUUUCCUUUAUUCUAUCGAAUAUACGGGGACGAAAGACAAGAGGAAUUCUGUCCUAUCGUUUUAAUUCAUGGGAUGUUUGGAUCGACUGUAAAUUGGCACGAAUUCUGCAAAUCCUACCGUGAUUUGGCUGGAAGAAAGAUGAUCUCUGUUGAUUUUCGUAAUCAUGGUCGUAGUCCUCGUAGCAAAACAAUGACGCUUCAAUUAAUGGUCGGCGACGUUAUCAGAACAUUAAAGCAGUUGAACGUUUCUAAAGCUAUUGUAAUUGGUCACAGUUUGGGCGGUAAAGUUGCAAUGGAGUUAGCUUUGAACAAGCCAGAUAGCGUCGAGAAGUUAAUAGUAGAAGACCAACCGCCUGCUACUAUGUCUCUAGGCACUUUGCCUAUGGUAUUUUCUGCAAUGAGAAAUUUGGAUUUAACCAAAGUUAACAAUAGCAAUGCCGAUGCAAUGUUGGCGGAGUCUAUUCAACACGAUAUCUCAAAAAGUAAUGCAGCUAAAUUGAUAAAAUUUUCAUGGUUGACUUUGAAGAUAUUUGGCUCAGAGAGUGCAGUUAUCCGUGCCUACUUGCUAAAAAAUUUACAUGAAAAUAAUGAAGGAAUGUUUCAUUGGCUAACGGAUCUGGAAAAUAUGUACAAUAAUCUGGAUGUUUUUGUGGAUGCGAUUGAGUUAAACGGAAGGGCUCCUUAUCCAGGCGAAACACUCUUCAUCGAAGGAGGAGAAUCUCAUGUUCGCACUGUUGACCUUAACGAAGCAAGAAAACUUUUUCCGAAAGCCAAACAAGAAAUCAUCCCAGGUGCUAGUCAUUUUGUGCACAAUGAUAAGCCUUGUGAAUUCCAAGAAGUGGUUAAUAAAUUUAUUGCUGAUUCUUGAUUAUGAUGAAUCCGAAUUUUUAUAAGAAAAUAAUUUUUAAAUGGGGCGAUGAAUCUGUUAUCUUCCACAAUUGUCGAGUGUUUUAAAAGCCCUUAGGCAUUUAAUU